UAUAAAUUAAAAUUAUCGUAAAAACAUACCGGUUUUUUAAACGAUGCAUACUAUAAUGAUAUUUUGACAUAAGCACUAAAUUGUUUGUAAAUAGUUUUCUGAUCGACUUUUCAGUUAAAGUUUUUUAAGUUAUCAAGGAGAACGUAAUAGAAACAUUUAUUUGUUGUCAUCAUGUAAGAGAUAAGUUUCUGUUUGAAGAAAUUAAGAACUGAAGUUUACUAAGAUCUGCCGAUACUUGAAUUCCAAGAUAAUUUAGAGAAAUUAAGAAUAGAAAUGGAAAUGUUGGGAGAAACUGAAAAUGUAACUGGAAGUGUUGACCAGAAAACAGUAGAAAAUGCUGAUGUCAAACAUUGUUUGGAUGAAAAAACUGAGCUUCGGUUAAUAAACGAAGAACUGACGGAAUGUAAGAUGGAAAUGGAUGAACAAAAGUUGGACGUUAGUGGAGGAGAAGUUUCAACAUUCCGGAAGUACAGUUUACGUGAAGUCAAGCCAGUGAUCAAACCUUUUCAACACUACAUCAAAAUGAGGAUGAGGAACCACCAAAUCAAGAGUGAGUUUGAAGAGCAGUACAUGUGUGAAGUGUGCUACAAAAUAUCCACAUCACUAUCAUCUUACCGCACUCACAUGAAGCAGCAUUCUGUUAUAAAAGAGUAUUUGUGUUCACAAUGUGAUGAUGUCUUCAAAACUAACCGACAGUUGUGUGACCACAAAGUCCAAUCUCACAAGGACGGCUGCUUCUCGUGCCAGGAAUGCCAACUGGCAUUCUCUGAUCAUUACACAUACCUCCUCCAUACAUUUCAACACAUCAGACCACCAUACAUUUGCCCUGAAUGCCGCACACCUCUAUCUAAAUAUAAAUCCUUAGCUGCCCAUUUGAAAAUUCACUUCAAUGAUUUAGUCGAAUGCCACAUAUGUCAUAAGGAGGUGCGUCAGAUGAGGCUAGCUGAGCAUAUAAGAGAUCACAAGGGAGGUGUUGUCUGUGUGGAGUGCGGGAAGGUGUGUAACAAUAAAAAAAGCUAUGAUUAUCAUUUAAUUUCUCACACCGGAGUCAAGCCCUACCAAUGUCUGUAUUGCGGCAAGGGAUUCUCUACUGCCAACCAAAUGAAGACCCAUACAGCAGUCCACACGAAUAUAAGACGUUAUAAAUGCGAUAUCUGUCACCAAGAGUUCAAACAGCACACAGAUUUGACUCGCCACAAACAGGGACACGAUGGAUUGAGGUUUAUCUGUGAUUACUGUGGGAAGAAGUUCAAACAGAAGUUGUAUUUGGCCUACCACAUACGUAACCACACAAACUACAGGCCCUACAAGUGUCCUAACUGUCAGUCAUCAUUUACGACUCUUGCUAGUCUCAGAUCACACAUACAAUAUACUCAUGUGUCCAAAAGAAAGUUCUUCUGCCUCAUAUGUGAUUACGGUUUCCGAGUGCAUUGUCAAUACUUGAGACAUUUGAGAUCCAAACGACAUUUACAGAAUGCAUUCAGUUCAGAGGAAAAUAAUCAGACUAAUAUUUUAUUCUCUUUGAAUAAACGGAAUAGAAUAUUGGAGGUCACUGAUUUAAUAAAUAAAUUGCGGGAGCAUGUUGUUUUUAUUAAAUCCAACUAAUAUUAAGUCAAUUUGUAUGUGAAAUUCGUAUUUAAGGUCCAAGAACCAAGUAACCACUUACACCAUAUAUAUAUAUAUAUAUAUAUACAAACAGUAUGCGUAUGUGUAUAUAUAUAUAAACAUAUUAACAGUAUAUUUUUGUUUUAUAUAAGUUAUGUACAAUUAUUGAAGGCGGUCAUUACAGCACUCUCAUAU